CAGGUGCCCUUUCCUUUCGGCCUUUAUAAUUGAUCAUGGCGGCUCGCGGCAUGGGGCUGUUGACCCGCCUGCCCCUGUGUCCUCAGCUAGGCCACGUCCAGCGGCCUAUUCACAGGUUUCUUUGCUCCCCGGGAACUGCGGCCGCAGACGUCAGUAGAGAAGAGCAGGGGAUCGUGGAGACAGGCUCUGAAGACAGGACCCCCUCAAGGAGAUUCUCUGAGGUUCAAAAACAAAGACAAGAACAAGCACAGAGGACUGUUUUAAUUCAUUGCCCAAAUAAAAUCAGUGAAAAGAAGUUCCUCAAAUAUUUAUCCCAACAUGGAACUAUUAAUAAUCAUUUCUUCUAUGAAAGCUUUGGUCUUUAUGCUGUUGUAGAAUUUUGUCAAAAGGAAAGUGUAGCUUCACUGCAGAAUGUAGCUCGUACUCCAAGCAUGGGCACAGAGGCCACAAUUCCAUUCAGAUCACGUUUCUUCAAUUUAAAGUUGAAGAAUUCAACACACCAGACUGAUGAACAGUCAAGUAUACAAUGCAGUAAUCAGUCUCCUCCUUCAAGCAAGAAGCUUUUUGAAUUACUUUGUUGUGCAGAAAGUAUAGAUGAUCAGCUGAGCACUCUUUUGAAGGAAUUCCAGCUAACAGAGGAGAACACCAGGCUUCGAUACCUCACCUGUUCUCUUAUUGAAGAUUUAGCAGCUGCGUAUUUUCCAGACUGUGCAAUCAAACCCUUUGGCUCUUCAGUGAAUAGUUUUGGGAAAUUAGGAUGUGAUUUGGAUAUGUUUUUGGAUCUAGAAGAACCUGGAAAAUUAAAUACUCCCAAGACCUCAGGAAAUUUUCUGAUGGAAUUUCAAGUGAAAAAUGUUCCUUCGGACAGAAUUGCAACCCAGAAGAUCUUGUCUGUGAUAGGAGAAUGCCUUGACCACUUUGGCCCUGGUUGCGUGGGUGUACAAAAAAUAUUAAAUGCUCGGUGUCCACUUGUGAGGUUCUCACACCAAGCCUCUGGAUUUCAGUGUGAUUUGACGACUAAUAAUAGUAUUGCCUUGAAAAGUUCGGAACUCCUAUAUAUAUACGGUGCCCUGGACUCACGAGUGAGAGCCUUGGUGUUCAGUAUUCGAUGCUGGGCUCGAGCACAUUCCUUAACAAGCAGUAUUCCUGGAGCUUGGAUUACAAAUUUCUCCCUUACAAUGAUGGUCAUUUUUUUUCUCCAGAGGAGAUCACCCCCUAUUCUUCCAACACUAGACUACCUAAAAACCCUAGCAGAUGCAGAAGAUAAAUGUAUAAUAGAAGGCCACAACUGUACAUUUACUUGUGACUUGAAUAGAAUUAAACCUUCCAGAAACACAGAAACGCUAGAAUUACUACUAAAAGAAUUUUUUGAGUAUUUUGGAAAUUUUGCUUUCAAUAAAAAUUCCAUAAAUAUUAGACAGGGAAAGGAACAAAACAAGCCUGAAUCUUCUCCUCUGCACAUUCAGAAUCCUUUUGAAACUUCUCUUAAUAUCAGCAAAAAUGUAAGUCAAAGCCAGCUGCAGAAAUUUGUAGAUUUGGCCAGAGAAAGUGCCUGGAUUUUACAUCAGGAAGAUAAAGAUCGUCCUUCCCCAUCAAGCAAUCAGCCCUGGGGUCUGGCAGCCUUGCUACUACCUUCUAUAGCAAAUAAUAUGUCUUUUGCUAAGAAGAAAAAGAAGAAGCCUGCAAGUGAAAGAAUUAAAAACUUGUUGGAAUCCAUAAAAGGUAGUAAAAGUAUAGAAAAUUCCACACACCCUCAUGGGAAAAGAACAGUUAAUACUCAAGCUUAAUGAGGCUACUUCUUUGCUUUAACUGGUUUUAUCCUACUAAGAAGAACUGUUCUGAAACUUUGAUAUAUCUCAAUUUUCAUCGGAUAUCACUUUUCACAAUCUUAUCAGUGGACCUCUUUACCUGGUUCAGAGUUAUGGGAUAUUUUUGAUCUCAUCAGUGUUAUAACCAAUGGUAGCUUAUUAAAAUGGCCUCUGCAAAAAACAAGUAAAAGAAGAUUGGAAUAUACUUUAAAUAGAUAAACUAUCUAGAGUGAACUGUAAAAAUCAGUUUUAGAAUCAAACCAUUAUGAUAUACACAUCAGUCCCUGAGUGGAAAUCAUUUUAAAAGAUUUCUGUAAAUAACCAGGCAACGAAUACAAUAAAACUUGAAAAUUUGGUAGUGUUCUUUAAUAUGUAUUUUUAUAUACUUCAAAGAAAGUACUCGUUCACAUAUUAAUUAAAACAGCUUGUUCCUGAUUUCCAAAAAUGUUAAUGUUUUGAGACACUUCAGUCACUACUUCUAGGUUUUGUAAGCUAGAAAUAUAAAAAUAUUAGUACAUUGUAUUUUUAAGUAGUUACAUUUUUAUUUUCAAAAAUAAAACCCUAUUUCUACUAAAAUCCAAUAUUCCCAAUCUUCUCUCAUCUCUUUUGGUAAUUCUCUUUUCCCGAUAGGAAAUAGAUACUGAGAUAUGAUUUCCUUUACGUUCCCUGUGGAGUCACUUUCAGUUUAAGGAGCAAAUAGCAUAGUGCUUGAAAACGCAGACAUAAGCCAGACUGUCUUCAUGGUAAGUCAUUCAGUCUCUCUGGCCCUGGUUGUUUCAGCUCUGAAAUGGGGAUGAUAAUAGUGUCUACUUCAACAUGUUGUUGUACAGUUAAGUGAAGUGUAUGGGAAAGUGCUAGUUCAAGAGUCUGGCACAGGGUACAUAUAGCCCAUUGGUAUAAUUCCUGGAAUUAUUACACAUAUUUAGGGAAUUAAAGAAUUGACCAAACACAUUUUAGGACCAAACACAUUUCUUCUUAAAGAAGAUCCCUCUUUAGAAAAAAAAAGAGUUCUAGAAUGACUUUUCUUCUGCUGUGAUUUACCACUUACUACUUCUUCCAUUUGCUCUAGGACUAUUGUCAGGUGAAAGCAGAAUCAGAUUAUUGUAAGUCAUUUCAUAUUUCUGGAAAUUCUUUGGCCUUAAAAGUGUGGCUGUGUUUAAUUCCUUACAGCUUACUGGUGGUAUAGUAAGGAAAGGCACGUUUGCAUGUAUAACUUAAACCAAUAUAGUGACCAUCUGCAGAUAAGACAACCAAGCAACCAAGCAGGAGCAGCUUGUCCAGGUAGCAGCUCUCCAGAGUUUGACAUUCCAUUGGCUGAUAGCUGUCUGUGUCUCAACUUAGUCUUUCAGGAAACAGAGGAGUAGAACCAUCAAAAUGUUACAGACAGGAAAAACCAUUUCUGGCUGAGGUAAUCAGAAAAGGCUUUGUGGAAUAUGAUAGGGUAGGCAUUGAAGUGAUAGUGGGUAGACAGACGGGCACAGGCACUGUCAUUCAGGGGAAAGAGCACAGUGGAAAUAGCUUGUUUGGAUAACUUGCAAAUUAUUCAGACUGGCUGAGAUUUUGUGUUUUACUCUGAUACGCAGCAGAGUCAAGGUUGAGUGAAACUGGAAAGGACUGCCAGUGACAAGAAAAUUAAAUAUAUUUUCAGUAGUAAACCAUUGAAAGUUUGUGUAAAAGUGAAUUCAUAAAAAUUGAAAACAGUGCUUUUGGGUGAUUUAUCUAUCAAGACAAACUAGUUUUGGAUCACUACUCUUUUAUUUUUUAACAAAUUUUGAGUACUAUAGGUCCUGGCAUUAAGCUAGUUUAAAUUUGGCUAUGAAAUUUUCCACAAAGUUUCAGAAACUGACUUUCAUAUACCUCAGUUUUUGUUCUCAAUAUUUAACAAGGAAGAAAGGUCAGUAAUCUCUACGAAAUAUCUUGUCAUGACAGAUAGUUUCAUGUAAAGUCUUCAUAAUGAGAAAUUCUUUGCAAUUUAUACUUGGAAAGGAAUGAAAAACAUGAUGAGAAAUCACUUUUCACCUUGGUAUGAUGUUGGAAAAUUUAUUUUAAAUACUUAAAAGACUUAUUUUGGUUUCCACUCUGAGUUCAAUUACUUGUGGACACAUAUUCCAAAGAAUAUAAACAUUAUAACAUUCCUCUGGAAUUCCCAUGGAGCAACUCCCAGAAAAUGUCUAUUUUAGAUAGCACCUUUAAUCUAAUUCUGUGAUACAGAAUAUAUAAAAUCACAAAUUAUUUAAAAAUGCACUAUUGGUAUUUUAAAGUGUGAAUCCUGGUAUUCUCUGUAUGUGUGUGUGUGUCCACCCAUUUUUUUAAGCACUUUGUGGAGUCAAAGCUAGAUUAAGGACAUAAGUUUUCUGAACUAUUUUUAUUUUUUUAAAAGACUUAUUUAUGCGUACAAGAACUGGGGUAUAGGCCAGAAGUGCGGGGGAUGACAGGAUUCACCAGAGACAGAAUGGGGAACAGAACAGGUGGAUUGACUGAAAUACACUGCUGAGGGGAGCAGCAGGCGAGACAGGAGAGGUCUGCUGCGCCAUGUGAGUCACCUCCCUGGCCAGCCAGGGAUUAAACUUGUGUGGGGCUGUAGUGGCUACAUUGGGUAUGGAUAGCUUCAUAGUGCUGGGACUUAGCCCCUUGCGCUACCAGGGAGGCCCUCAAACUUUUUACAUCAAUACAUUACCAUUUUGUUAAAUAAAGAUUUAUUUAUUUAUGCAUACAGGAGCUGGGGUACAGGCCAGAGAUGCAGGGGAUGAGAGGAUUCACCAGAGACAGAGUGAGGAACAGAACAGGCAGACUGAGUGAAAUACACUGCUAAGGGGAGCAGCGGGUGAGUCAGGAGAUCUUCUGCGCCAUGUGGGUUGCUCCCUGGCUGGCCGGGCAUUGAACUUGUGCUGCAGAGGCUUCGGAUUGCUUCAUAGUGUGGUGCUUAACCCCUUGCGCCACCAGGGAGGCCCCAUUACCGUUCUUUUUUUCACAGAAAGAUGCAAACUUUUAGAAUGUGGUAUGACUUUUUUUUUAAAAGAUUUAUUUUAUGCAUAAAAGAGCUGGGUU